CUGAGGUAUCGGCGCGCGCACACUUUCGCAAAACUUCAGUCAAGUUUUCGCUUUCAUCCGUUGAGAUGAUAUCCGCACGUGUUUAGUAUUGUGGCACUAAUAAAUUAAUUGACGAAUAAUGCUGAGAAGGAAAUAUUAUCGGUGACAGCUUGCUUGGUGCAAAUUGUUACCAGGACAGUCAACCAGUUACAGACUUCAUAAUAGUGAAGUGGCAGUGACAAGUGAGAAGUGAGACUGAGACAAUAAUAAUAAUAAUUAUUAUUAUUUCCUAUUAAUAGUUCAGUGCCUAAAUAAUAAAUAAUAAGUCAAAAUGACCGGUUUUGUGAAAAUUGCCAUAGACGAUUAUUAUUCGGACAGCAAUUGGACGACAAUUAUAAAUAAAUAUUGGAUGCUGGCAGAACGAGUGUCAGAUCCUCGUGUCCAAGGAUGGUUUCUGUUCGACACUCCGCUGCCAACAGUGGCGAUGGUAUGUGUGUACCUGGCGUUUGUGAUGGUUAUUGGACCACUAUGGAUGGCGAAUCGAAAGCCGUUCCAAAUUCAAAAUACGUUAGUAGGGUACAACGCUUUACAAGUCCUGUUGUCCUCCUACAUGUUUUACGAGCACUUGAUGUCAGGCUGGUGGGGAGACUACAGUCUAUCAUGCCAACCGGUAGACUACAGCGACAGUGAGAAAGCGAGGCGUAUGUUACAUCUCUGCUGGGUGUACUACUUCUCGAAGCUGUCCGAGUUUGCGGACACUGUGUUCUUUGUCCUUCGUAAAAAGAAGAGUCAGAUCACGUGGCUGCACCUCUACCACCACUCUUUGACCCCCUUCGAAGCCUGGGUACUUGUCAAGUUCAUUGCUGGUGGUCAUGGAACAUUCUCGAACAUCGUGAACAAUCUGGUGCACGUGAUUAUGUACGGCUACUACAUGGUGGCGGCGAUGGGACCUCAGUACCAGAAGUACCUGUGGUGGAAGAAACACCUUACAACCCUGCAACUAGUCCAAUUCUUCAUGGUGCUCUUCCAUUCUAUCAGCGCUUUGGUUUACGACUGUGGAUAUCCUAAAUUCAUCGCCGGAGGUUUGAUCUUGCACUCGACCAUCUUCAUAGUUUUGUUCAUGAACUUCUACCUGCAAGCGUAUAAGAAAGAGAAGCCUAAACAGAAGCCAGCAGCGCCAAUAAACAACAACAACAACGAUGAGACUCUUCUUCCAAAUGGGAAAAAUGGUCUUAAUGGACACAUUCAAAAUGGAGAUCUCAAUGGACAUAUCAAAAAUGGUGACCUACAGGUGACUUUAAGAAACGGGGACCUCAAUGGACACCUCAAAAACGGUGACGCGAAUGGACAUAUUAAAAAUGGAGAACUAAAUGGUUUUCUAAAUCAUGAAGUCAAUGGACGGGUGAAAUUAAAUGGUCAUUUGCAAAAUGGUUACACGAACGGUCACGUGAUCCACGAUGUUACAGAUAAGGAAAAAGUGCAAUAGCCUACACUAUGUUGCUAGGUUACAUUGUAUGCUUUUUAUGUAUAUUUGUUUGGAGAGUCGGAGAUACUUGAGUUUUUAUUGAUCCCUUCUUAUAGAAAAAAAGUAAGUCGAUGAUUGGAGAAAGUAUAACUUCUCUAAGUAGGCGUUACGUGUAGCUUUCAAUCUGAACCACCAUCACGUUCACGCCAUGGCGACUAGCUAAACAUAAUAAUAUGAAUCGUGACAAUAAAUUAAGUACCCACAAAAAAAACUGCUCCAUACAUUUUUAAAAGACUUAUUAGUAUUUUCAAAACUCUGAACAAAUGUUGUACAGUUAGAACCAGUGUAUAAAUAAUUAUUUCGUGUGAGCUAUAUUUUAAAAUCAUAAUGGUGCAUCUUAAUACCUUUAUAAAUACUUAACACUCUCUUUUUGUAAAUAAAUUUCAAUAGCUAUUUUACCAACAAAAUUUACAAAUUAUUUUUUCUUUGUUUUUAUUUUUUGUUAACAGUUUAAUGUUAAAACUACCUCAUGAGUGAACUUAUAAUUAAUAAAUUUACUUAUAAGUUAAAAGUCUUGAAAUUGUAACUAACAAAAAAAACAUCGAAAUGAGGCUGUUAUUGCUCAAUUAAUUUAAAAAAUGUUUCCUUUUUUCGUGAAUUAAAAUUGCUCACAAAAUAUUUUAUACUAAAAGACUCGCCUAAAAGGCAUUAGUUACUGUACUUCCGUCCAAUACUAAGCUUUAUUUAGUUAUAAGUUACAAUAGCUGUACAUAAAGUUUUAAUUUAUUUUUUGUUUUUUUAAAGUACAAGCAAUCUAUUUUUGAUGUGUGUGUACUUUUUACAAGUCCAAGAAAUAGACCUGGAUAUUUAUUUUUACUUUUUUAUACUUGGGUUAAUUUUUUUUGUUACAAAAUUAUAAAAAAUCAAGUGAACUUAUAACUGUGGUUACUAAUAUAAGUAAUACUUAUAUUUUGUAAAUAUAAUAUGACAUCGUUGAGAUUAAUUUACAAUUUACGCGUUCAAUGGGAGUGAUAUUCGAUGAUAUUUUUUUUACAAAAUAAUACCUAAACAAUUAAAGUAUAUAAAAUAUUUGUACUUUAUCGUUGUCGGUGGAUGAAUGAGGGAAAAUUCUCUUGAAAUUAAUAUAUUUUAAAAUAAUUGCUAUGCUAAGGAAACCAGUCAGUUUUAGCGAAAUUUUGUAUUAAUGUUUAAGGUGUUUUAUACAUACAUAGACUUAAUUAUUAUUAGUGAUAUGUGGUAAAACUUGUGUAGCG